CAACAGCCGACUGGUAUGGUCAUUAGUGAGCAAAAAUGGCAGAAAAACAAGAGGAUCUGUCUGAUAACGAAAAUGAACAAGUCAGAGCUGAUUCGGCCAACGGCCCGUGGCAAAAAACUUACAAGCAGUUCAAAAAGGCAAUAGGCCACGUGACCCUCGAGCCCAUGCUUUUUAUAAAGAUGGUGGCAGAGGGUAACACAAUCGUCAUAGGAGACACACUAGAGAUUGAUCGCGUUUGUCGUGUCAAUCUAAAUUUUAGUCAAGAAGAUUGUAUGGCAAUGGACGAUGGAAAUCAUUCGCAAAUUCAAGAAGCAGUCCAAGUGUACCAAAACACCUUUAAUUACUAUCAAGGAUUAAUGGCCAGCAUUUUACCCGUCAUAGUAAUUCUCUUUGCUGGAUCAAUAAGCGACCAGUACGGUAGGAAACUGCCAAUGAUCACCGUACUCGGCGGGUUUGUAAUGUUCUCAAUAAUUUACAUCGUUACGGCUCUGAACCCUUCAUGGCCAGUGGAAGUUCUCUACGCUGCCACGGUGGCUGUUAAUGCAACAGGAAGUUGGGUCGUUUUCAAUAUGGCAGUCUAUAGCUAUCUAGCUGAUAUCACAACAAUGGAAACCCGAACAAAACGUAUGGGCUGGAUGGACGCUAUAUGGUACAUGGGUGGACCGAUUGGGACUUUAAUGGGAGGAUGGUUAUACAAAUCGUAUGGUAUAGCCACCGUCUUCGCUGUGUCUGGUGUGCUGUGGCUUCUUUGCAUACUCUACGUAAUUUUAAUUGUCAAAGAAAGCAUCGUAACACCGACUGAAACAACCCCAAAAGGAAAACCGUAUCGUUAUGUACUGGACCUAGGACGGGCAGUUUUCAAAGCUUACCCAAAUCGAGGUCGAGUUCAUUUGUUUCUACUAAUGGCUGUAAAAUUGGGAGUCUUUCUCGUUCAAGGACAUCAGGUUUACUUGUGGGCACGACGUGUGCUGGGCUGGGAUGCUACACAAUUUUCGAUUUGGACAGGGACUGAUGAAGCAAUUCAUCAGAUCGGAAUGGUUGUUUGGGUAGGGCUCGCAUCAUAUUACCAUCUAAUGGAUCACACUGUUGCUACAUUCGGAUUGGUAUCGAUCGUUGCAUGGAACAUUGUGUUGGCCUGCAUUACUGGACCGUCCAUGUGGUGGCUGGUUAUCAUAGCAACUUUAUCAGGUUCACUGGAGGGAAGCAUAGAGCCCGCCCUACGAACCUUAAUUACGAGCAUACCGGACAAGAGAGAUAUUGGGAAAGUCCUAGCUUUUCUUGGACUGUUGGAAGCCGUAUGGCUGAUUGUCGACAAAACCCUCUACACGUUCCUAUACAAUGCCUUUAUCGAAUCCUUCCCCCAGAUCAAUUUUGUGGUGGAGAGCUUUAUCGCCAUGUUACUGAUAAUCGUCGUGGUUAUGUUAAAAAAAGAUUGGCUGAAACAUCGGGAUUCAAAUUCAGCGAAACCUUCAACAGAUUAAAUUUUAAAUUUCCAGUUUCUUCUCAAUAGUUCGAUUUACCUCAAAAGUAAACAAAACCAAGUGAAUUCAAAAAACAAGCCUUGUCAAAACCUUCUGUUGCAAAACAGAAAAAAUAACAGCCAUACUGGCGGAACAAAUAACCCCUAACAGCUAUUUGAGUAAUAAAGUUGCAGAUUUCUCCUACC